GCGUCGGACACCCAAACGUCGCACAGCACCCAACUGGACCGUUCAGCAUGUCCAACCCUCCACGACCUCCGAUACCCAGCUCAACCUCAACGAACCCUCAACUCCCACCCGCACCCGUCAUCCCCAACACCAAAGUAAACCUCUUCCAAUACGGCGCACCCGCAAAACUCUCCGCAUUCGAGAAAGCACAGAAAGAGGCAGAGGAGAAAAAGAGGAGGGAUGAGGAGGAGGCCAGGGCUGUUUAUGAUGAUUUUGUGAAAUCAUUCGAAGGGGAUCAAAGAGGGGGGCAAGAGUUCGUGGGACAGGCGCCUGUGGGACUGAGGGGAGGAAAGAGGCAUUUCGCACCAGCUGCAGCUGCUGGACGAUUAUCUGGACAUGGACAGCAAGACAAUAUCCCUCAAGGAAAGAAGAGGAACUUGGAUACCUUCCUCGAAGAACUGAAACGCGGCCACGACACCCGGGACAAACACCAAAAGCGCAUUCCACCUCAUAUGCAUGGCCACACACCCGGCACCGCUACCCCCGACUCCAGAUCCAAUGUAGUUACAGAGCAUGUUCUUGUCGUGGCAAAUUUACCACCAAAUAUGUCUGAAAUGGCGCUUCGCGCGAUCUUGGCGAAUGAGGUCGAGGAGGAUGUUAAGAUUACACUGGGAGGGAGCAGCCUCGGUACUAAUGUUCGGGAGAGUAUGGAAGCCGAACUCAAGUUCGGUACAGCGAAAGCGAUCAGUGCAGUACGAAAACUUUUGGAAGGAUACUAUCUUGGACAAGGGUAUUUCGCACAACCCCUCUCCACGACACCGACAGCAACCCAAGACACUGAGGAGUCCUACUACGGCGCCAAGGGAGCGGAGGUGGAAAGUGCGCUGCAGUUCCGGCCACCGCCAACAACGAUAGGUGGUGGUGCUGGUGCAUUCACCCGUGUCCCUCCACCACCCACGAACCGACCAUCCACAGCCCCAGGCAAACUAGAAAUCCGCGUCGAGAAGCCACGUGAUAUCAAAGUCCGUCGACGCAUCCACUCCGUCGUCGAAAACGUCCUGAAGUACGGACCCGAGUUCGAAUCCCUCCUCAUGCACCGCGAGAGGGAGAAUAUCGAGUAUGCGUGGUUAUGGCCCGUAUCACCACUCGUCCACUCAGAAGCAGGAGACCUCCAUCGGUACUAUCGGUGGAAGGUUUGGAGCGCGCUGAGCCACCAAGCUGUCGAUCAUGCACCAAAACCAAUCUUCGCAAACGGCACACCAUGGCGACCACCCCCUCCGCUCGUCGAAAACGACACCGAAGACGAAGACGAAGCCGAUCAAGACCAAGCCACCAUCGCGACAUCCCGCACGGGAAUCUUGGGACCAAGAGCGAGACGCAGAUUGGUAUGGCUCGUCCGCAGGCUCGAUGUGUCCCGUCGUGGUACCAUCGCUGCUGCUAUGGCAUACUGUUUAGGGAGAGCUGAUGCGGCGGAGGAGGUUGUGGAGGUGCUGUGUGCGGCGUGUCGUUCCACUAAAGCGAGUCCGGGGGUCUUAUUGGCUCGCUUGUUUUUGGUGAGUGACAUCCUCCACAACUCCAGCACCCCCAUCAAAGACGCCUGGCGCUACCGCGCCGCGUUCGAGGAGUCGCUGGGUCGGGUGUUUGGGUAUUUGGGAGAUGUGUAUCGCGGGUUCGAGGGGGGGCGGAUUAAGGCGAAGACGUGGGAGGAGAGGGUUUUGGGGGUGGUUGGGGUUUGGGAGGGGUGGAUGAUGUUUUCGGCGGGGGUGUUGGGGGGGUUCAGGGGGUGGUUGAGGGGGGAGGUUGGGGAAGGAGAACGGGAAGCCGCUACCGGUGCUGGAGAACGGGAGGUGGCGGAAGGAGUGGAUGGGAAGGAGGGGGAGGUGAAGGUGAAGCAGGGAGGGUGGAAAACUGUUGGUGGGGCGUCGGUUCCACACUCUAUCGCCGCUGUACCGACACAAUCAUCUACUGGCAACGUUAACGUUGAUGGCGAUGAGUCGAUCGAUGUGGAUGGUGGGCCGAUGAACACCGCUGAUAUUGACAUUGACGGUGCGCCGUUGUAUCUUGAUGACGACGAUGACAUCGAUGACAUCGAUGGAGUACCUCUCGACCUCGACGUCGAUGACGACGAAGAGCUCGAUGUGGACGGGCAGCCUAUGUCGAUAUCCGACGAACCCGCCGAACCUACACCCACUUUUGCACCAAUACCGGUACCGGUGCCAGCACCGACACCGACGUUGUCACUCGGCGGACUCAAGCCGGGUGGUAUUAAGCUGGGAUUAGGUGGAAAGGCUGGGGUUAAAAUGCAGCUUGGUGGGAUUUCGAGGGUGAAGAAGGUUAAGGCGCCGUCGGGAGGUGGGGUUGGGGGGAUGUUUGGGGAUAGGGAGGAUGGGGAGUAGGUGUGGUUUAGGUAGCUAUCGGUAUGCAUCCGUCGUAGUUUAACCGUGUCUUGUGGGAAUGGCACUGUGAUUGCAGGGUAAAAAGGAUUGAUUUCGUCGGGUACCUCAUCAUUAAGGGAUACUCAUUUCAGGGCUACUUUGGGAUGCAUGUCAUUGGGAGCAACAUACGUUGCAGCCGAAGUUCACCUGAGCCUUGGUUGCUACGUCAAUGCUUGAGCGAUUCAGUGAACUUAGU